AUGAAUUCCUACAGAGAAGCUGCUUUCCAGAUGGGAUUGUUACAAACAGAUACGUAUAUUGAAGACACCCUUGAUGAGGCUGCUACUUUCCAGAUGCCUUCUUCGCUCAGAAGCUUGUUUGCUGUGAUGCUAGCUUUCUGCUCCCCAUCAAACCCCAAACACUUGUGGGAAAAGUAUGAGACUGAACUAUCAAGGGAUUAUAAAAAACAUAGUUCACUCACUGGAUAUUCUUCUGAAUACAUGAGAAUGUUGGUUCUUCAGGAGCUCAGCAAAUUUUUGGAACAAAUGGGUAAAAGUGUAAAUGAUUUUCACUUGGUUUCUGAUUAUCUUGGUGUUACAUUGGAUCAGCGGAUUACAAAGGAAAUUGAAACUGAAAGAAGUGUUCAGUUCGCAGAGGAGGAUUUGCUAAUGUCUUCAAAAUUUAAUGCAGGCUAUAUAGCCAUUGCUGAAGCUUCGUCCGGUGUUGCUGCCUCCAUUCUUCCUGGUGGGAGGACUGCGCAUUCACGCUUUAAGAUCCCUCUUGACAUAUCUGAAACUAAGGCUUGCCAAGUUAGUAAGCAAAGCUCUAUUGCUAAGUUACUUAUAGAGGCCAAACUUAUAUUGUGGGAUGAAGCUUCAAUGGCUAAGAAGGAAACAAUCGAAGCAUUUGAUAUGCUUCUCAGAGAUAUAAUGGAAAGCGAUGAUCCUUUUGGUGGCAAGGUAGUGGUUUUCGGAGGUGAUUUCAGGCAGACCCUACCUGUGAUUCGAGAUGCAACAAGAGAUGUUUUGGUUCAGUCAAGUUUUGUUAACUCCCCUCUCUGGACUGCUUUGCAGAAAAUUACUUUAACUGAAAAUAUGAGGGCUGUUAUGGAUCGUGCUUUCUCUGAAUUCUUGCUACGGAUAGGCGAGGGCCGUGAACCAAAAGACAAAGACGGCAAAAUAUCUUUAUGA